AUGCGACUGCUGUUUAUGACAGAUCCCGGUCGGUUCCAGGUGAAACUCGAUAAAUCCACCCACUGGGUCCGUCCUCACGAACACUGCUUCCAUGAAAUAGCUCGAAUUUUUUGGAACCGGUCAGAUCCGCACCGAAUUCUUCGACCUGGGAAGCAGUUACAUGCAGAAGAUUUUCGAAAACUACACAGAACUUUAAAGAAAAACUUGCAAAAUGUUGUCGAUUAUAAUCCUCAAGUUCCAGUUCAGUUCAGUCAUAAAUGUGGUAGUCCUAUCUAUUCGAAAGCACCAAAAAGUCAACCAAACAUUACUGUUGUUAAAUUAAGGUUAUUUACUGGUGAAAUUGAUCAACUACCAUGUCCAAUGAAAGACUUAUUUUGUGGACGAAUGAUGAAAUGGGAAGAAGAGAUCGAUGAUGCAAAAUAUUAUAAUGAAAGUGCUGAAUAA